AUGGCAUACACCACGGCAACCUCACCACCGGCUCUGGAUGCCGACACUCACCCCAGCUUAACACUAGCUACCUCCUUCCCUCGAUCUACUACUCUACCUCAUGUUUUUUCAUCUCUGCCCACUGGGCAGAAUCCUUCUUCAACGCCCUCCUUCACCUCCUCUCCUACGUCUACUCCCGCCUCCGCAUACUUCGCACCUGGCACACCAAAUGGCUUCACACCCGCCGGCACUCCUCUACAACCGCCGAGUGAGGGACCCCGAGGCCGUAACUUCGAAUACCCCCUGCAGAUACCUGCUCCACUUGAGCUUGGCGAAUCCAUGAUGGGGGUACCUGGCUCCACAAAUUCUAGCGAUUGGAUGGCUCCGAGCUCCAAGGGACCUGGUCUGAUGCGGAGAAUCUCUCGGGGUGCGGCUAACAAGCUGACCCGACGGAGACAGUCUGCUACUCAAAAUGACAAACGAGACCGAAGCUCCGGUCCCGUUAUCAUGCGCCGGCGUAGUGACAGCAAGACUGGUCCCCAGCCCGUCCGUGAAUCCGCAUUGGACUCGAGCAAUGAGGAUGAUGCUAGCGAAGCUUUGGACGGCCUGGGUCCGUUCGCUGGUUCUGAGCCCUCUAGCCUCCGCAGUGAAAGUCGAAUGGCAUCCGCUCGUGAAGUUGGUGCUGCCGCUGCUGCCGCCGCCGCCGCUUCCGUCGUCGCACCUAAAGUGGACUCCGCGCUGCAGCGUGGAACUAUCUUAACAAAGCUCACUAAGAAGCGCCGCAAGCAAGUCCGCUUCUUCUUGGACUUGGAUGCUGGAAAGGUCUUUUGGGAUCUUUCGAACCCCGCGAAACGCUUUUAUAUCGACGAUAUCAAAGAGAUUCGCGUGGGUGCUGACGCCCGCAAUUACCGCGAAGAACAUCAAAUUCCUGAAGAUGCCGAGCGUCGAUGGUUCACCAUUGUGAUCGCGGACUCGGGAAGCUUCAAGGGCCGGACAGUGAAGACCCUCCAUCUGAUUGCUCCGACUGACCGUGUCUUCGAGUUGUGGACUACUACUUUGGAGCACAUUGCUCGGUACCGGGUCGGUAUGAUGGCCGGUCUGGCCGGCUCGGGUCAAAGUGAGGCUGUGAUUCAAGCUCAUUGGCAGCGUGAGAUGACACGACUAUUCCCUCAGGGACCUCGCCCUGGAGAGGAGCAAGGUCUUGACUUCUCCGCCGUCGAGAGCGUGUGCCGCGGUCUUCACAUCAAUUGCUCCAAGAACAUGCUUCGGGCACAAUUCGCCAAAGCAGAUGCUACUCUCAACGGCAAACUGAACUACGAUGAGUUCAAGGAUUUCCUUUGCCGACUGAAGGAACGCAGAGACGUCAAGGAGGUUUACAAGAGUCGCUCGAAGGAGCCGAAGAUCGGCAUGACUCAGGAUGAGUUCUUCGGCUUUCUUCGCGAUGUGCAGAAGGAGGACGUCGACUCUGAUCGUGAUUACUGGGUCGCUCUGUUUGACAAGUUCCUUCGCCGAUCUAGGUCUCGUGGCUCUGAUGCGUCUGAAGUGACCCCUACGCCGACUUUAAUGACCCUUGACAUGUUCUCCUCUUAUUUGGCCUCUUCAAGCAACGGUAUCUACGCGUCACGUGCUCCCCAGUCCCGAUUCGACCGCCCAUUGAACGAGUAUUUCAUCUCAAGCUCUCAUAAUACCUACCUGCUUGGCCGUCAAGUUGCUGGAGCUUCUAGUACCGAGGCAUACAUCAGCGCCCUUCAGCAAGGUUGUCGUUGUGUCGAAAUUGACUGCUGGGAUGGCGCCGAUGGCCGCCCAAUCGUGUCCCAUGGACGAACCAUGACCACCAGUGUCUUGUUUGCCGACUGCAUCACAGUCAUCAACCGAUACGCUUUUAUCUCGACCGAUUUCCCCCUUAUCCUUUCUUUGGAGGUGCACUGCAACCCGGAGCAGCAAUUGGCUAUGGUCAAGAUCAUGAAGGAGACUUUCAAGGAACAACUGGUCCUUGAGCCUAUUAUGACCAAUUACUUCAUUCUUCCAUCUCCAGAGGAGCUCAAAGGACGUAUCUUGGUCAAGGUCAAAACUUGCGACGAGUUGCAAACUGACUCCCGCAUCGACUCUAUCAGCAGUAUGGGCACUAUGGCCACUGUAAGCACUGUUGGCACCCAUGGCCGGAAGCGCAGCUCUAGUUCGCCAUUCGUUCGCCCGACCCCUCCACCUGAGUCCCUUAAUGGACCGGUUCAGUCACUUUCAAGCCCUCCUACAAUGAUAGGUGCUAUCGAUGGAAUUGGCCCUCUCAUCUCCCAAGACAGACGCUCACUCACAGCAACCAGUUUCAGCAGUGCCACCGAGGACAGUGAUGGAGCUUUGAUCUCUGCACACAGCGAAAAGAAAAAGCGACGGCGCCAAAAGAGCAAGAUCACCAAGCCUCUCUCGGACCUUGGUGUCUACACUCGUGGCUACAAGUGGCACAGCUUCUCGUCUGUGGAAAGCAGGAAAUACAACCACAUAUACUCCUUUGCUGAGCGAUCAUUCGAAAGCAUCUGUCAGACUCAUGAUAACAAGGUUGCACUGGAAACCCACAACCGCAAAUAUCUCACCCGCGUAUACCCUUCAGGUUUCCGACUUCGCUCCUCCAACUUUGACCCCAACAAGUUCUGGCGUCGUGGCGUUCAGAUGGCUGCUUUGAAUUGGCAGACUUACGAUAUUGGAAUGCAGAUGAACCAAGCCAUGUUCGCGGCUGGUACUGAUCGCACCGGUUAUAUUCUCAAGCCUGAGAGCCUCCGAUUGCCAGUCCGGGAUAAUGAGAACCAGAAGCGCAAGACGGAAAGACGAUUGGUCCGAUUCUCCGUCGACGUAAUCUCGGCGCAGCAGCUCCCUCGCCCUCGUACGAUUGGUCCAGAAGACAACAUCAACCCUUACGUCGAGAUUGAGAUCUUCAGCGCUGAUGACCGUGGCCAGAGUCUUGCGUUUGGCGAAGGCGGCAUGGAUGCCUCUGCUCGCAGCGGAAUGUCCGGUAUUGGAUACCCGCAUCGUCGCCGUACAAAGAUCGAGCAGAGCAAUGGCUAUAGCCCUGUCUUUAACGAUCGGUUCAAGCUGUCUCUUGAGACCAAGUACCCCGACCUGGUGUUUGUGCGUUGGACCGUCUGGAGUUCCUUGGAUGGUCGCAGCGCCGGCAACAACAAUAGCGUGCAAUUGGCCACAUUCACUGCCAAGCUCACCAGCUUGUCUCAAGGUUAUCGCUACCUGCCUUUGUACGACGGCAAGGGUGACCAGUAUCUUUUCUCAACAUUGUUCUGCCGGAUCUCUAAGGAGGAACCUGUACCUGUCCAACGACUAGACCUGGAAGAACUACGUGCCGAACGCAUGGGUAUCUUGCGCCAGAUUGGACAGACGGUGUUCAAGCGUUCCUCAUCUACCGACCGAGAGAAAGAUCAAGCUCAGGACCGGAGUGAACCAGUCAGUCCUGAAGAAAAGGAUAGCUCUCCAAGCCUCACUCCAACCGUUUCCACUACAUCUACCUCAUCAUUCGUGCCUUGA